AGCUUUUGGAUUAGAAUAGUAGAUCCUGUCUUUAUAUGCAAGUAGAUAAUUUUUACCCGACACUCUGCUCGUCGGAGAUAGUAUUUUUUUUAGAGAGCACACAUAUGAUGAAGUUCUAAUGUUUAAUUUAUGAUUGUUUUAUUGUAGGUGAUCUUGGAAAAUUAAAAUGAAUGCAAGAAAGAGAGAGAACAAUUAUUGUUUCUCCUCCUCCUCCAUGUUUCUUCUCCCUCUUAUUUCAUUACUUCUCCUCCAAGCAACAAUAGCAUUCGCCGCAUGCGAUAUUAGAACAGACAAAAAAGCCCUUUUAGAUUUUGCUAAUACUCUUCACAAUGCUCCCCGUGGACGUCUGGGAUGGACCUCCACGGAGGCGGCGGCCGCCGACCCAGUCUGCACCUCAUGGGUCGGUGUGACCUGCAGCCCGGACCGAAGUCGGGUCGUCGAGCUCCGACUUCCCGACUUCGGGCUCCGCGGUACUAUUUCGGGAAACACGACAAUCGGGAGGCUCGACGCGCUCGAGACGCUCGACCUCAGUAACAACUCCUUGUUUGGGGUUAUACCGCCGGACCUCAACUUCCAGCGCCUCAAGCAUCUGAACCUGAGCGGCAACCGUUUCAGUGGGCCCAUUCCCGUAUCACUUAGAGGGUUUCCUCCUUCGUCGUUCGGAGGAAACCCUCUGCUGUGUGGGCCGCCGCUGACGCGGAACCAGUGUCGCGGUGGGCCGCCGGAGCUUGAUCUUAUAGAUGAGACACAUUUGAUGAUAUCCCCAUCAGCCGGCGGUUCAUUGGGUCGCCGCCGGUCUUUAAAGAGUCGUAGCAAGGGGGGAAAGAGCAAGAAGAAAACUACAGUGAUAGUCAUAUACACAGUUGGUGGCAUUGGGAUGUUUAUACUCGGUUUCGCAUGUGGACUACUUUUCUACCAUUAUGUAAUUUAUAAAUAAGUCAUUUAUGAAUAUAGUAGUUAAACUUUU